CAAGCUGCCGAGCCCGACGACAUUGAUAUAUUUCAAAGAUGAAUUCAAGUUCCACCGGUAAAAUAUUUGAAGGAGUUCACAAGUUUUCAUGCCACCUAGAGAAUGUUUUGUGGUCACCUGAGUUCAGGUUGCUUUGUGAUCGAGUCAUUCGGUAAUAUGGAUCGCAUUUGAUGUUGUUGAAGGCUUGAAGCUAUCAAUAAGAUGAUAAGAGCAAAAGGCUAAUGAUUGGAAGGCUCAAACUGAUUUUUAUCAAGGUAGCAAUCAGACAUACUGAUCGAAUUCGGAAGAUUUGUGUUCUAACAUUUGAGAGAAAAAAAUUGUCAGUUCUGCGAUUUCAGAUUCUGAUAGGAUAAGAAACGCAUCGUCCGGCCGGUGCGCACAGAUAGAAAGGACAGCUAAAAUGUCAAAUUACUCGAGUCCUCAGUUGCUUCAUCAGACUCCACUUUUCAGGCAGAGUGUUUCUUCUCCGUCGCCGUCGCCAUCCCCUUCCCUUCCACUUCUCCUGCAGAGAUGCUCAACCAUCAACCAGUUCAAGCAAGUGCAUGCUCACGCCAUCAAACUGGGCCUUCACCACGACCAACCCACCGCUGCCAAGCUCCUCCGUUUCUGUUCCCUCUCUCCUACCGGCGACCCUGCCUACGCCGCCCUCCUCCUCCUCCGGUCCCUCCACCAGCCGGACGUAUUUAUGUUCAACACCGUUAUCCGAUCCCUCUGCCUUUCCCCUUCACCAAGCGACGCCUUCGCCCUUUACAUCUCAAUGCUCGUCGCUGGUGUCCCUCCUAAUUCCUUCACAUUUCCUUUCCUUUUGAAAUCGUGUUCGCGAAUUCGUGCGAGUCACGAAGGGCAACAACUCCACGCCCACAUUCUCAAGUUGGGUCUCGUCGACGACCUGUUCGUUCGGUCUACCUUGGUCAAUAUGUAUGCUCAAAGCGGGCUUCUCGAUGAUGCAAGCCAAGUGUUUGUUAAAGGGUCUGAGAGAGAGCCUGUUUCUCGGACGGCCUUGAUAAGGGGUUAUGCAGGUGCGGGUCGUUUGGAUGAUGCCCGCCGAUUGUUUGACGAGAGCACGCUGAGGGAUGUAGUGUCCUGGAAUGCGAUGAUUGCCGGCUAUGCCCAGGGCGGCCGGUUUGAUGAAGCUUUGGCUUUGUUUAGCGAUAUGAUCGAUGCUGAAGUGGAGCCAAACGAAAGCACCAUGGUCAGCGUCCUUUCUGCUUGUGCCAAUUCAUCGUCCAUGGAUUUGGGCAGAUGGGUUCAUUCAUGGAUUGAUCAACAUGGGCUGGAACCCAAUCUUCGGCUGAUCAAUGCGUUGAUCGAUAUGUACUUAAAAUGUGGUGAUUUGGAGACUGGUCGAAAGCUGUUUGAUGAAUUGUCUCACAGGGACCGUAUUUCAUGGAAUAUCAUGAUCGGUGGUUAUAAUCAUAAUGGGCGUUACAAGGAGGCUCUGGAACUUUUCAGGGAGAUGCAGAGAUCAAACGUGCAGCCUAAUGAUGUUACUCUUUUAAGCAUUCUUCCGUCUUGUGCCUACUUGGGUGCACUUGAUCUUGGUAGAUGGAUUCAUGCUUACAUUGAUAAGAAUUUGUCGAACUGUGAUAACGUAUCUCUUUUUACUAGCUUGAUUGACAUGUACACGAAAUGUGGUAAUGUUGAAAUUGCAGCUCAGAUUUUUCAUAAAUUGGGCUCCAGAAGAAGCUUAGCUUCUUGGAACGCCAUGAUCUCUGGUCUGGCAAUGCAUGGUCGUGCUAGUGAAGCACAGGAGUUAUUUACCAGGAUGUUGGAUGAAGGGAUCAAGCCGGAUGACAUCACCUUUAUUGGUAUUUUAGCAGCAUGCAGUCAUACGGGCAUGGUAGAUGAAGGUUGGAGAUAUUUUAAUUCGAUGAGUAAUCGUUUUGGAAUUUCUCCAAAGAUCCAACACUAUGGGUGCAUGAUUGAUUUACUCGGUCGAGCUGCACUAUUUGAUGAUGCAAAGGCUCUUAUAGAAAACAUGACUGUGAAGGCUGAUGGAGCUCUCUGGGGAUCAUUACUUGGUUCUUGUUGUGUUCAUGGCAAUCUAGGUUUGGCAGAAGAUGCUGCACGGCACCUUCUUGAGUUGGAACCAGAUAACCCAGGUGUGUAUAUGCUCUUAUCAAACACAUAUGCUCGCGCAGGUUGGUGGGAUGAUGUAGCUCGAAUCAGAACCAAGUUGAAAGACAGGGGGAUGAAGAAAACACCAGGUUGCAGCCUGAUAGAAGUGGACAGUGUGGUUCAUGAGUUUCUUGUAUAUGACAAGAGGCAUCCAAGAUGUGACGAAAUAUAUGAUAUGGUUGAUGAGAUUGACAGGCAUUUGGAAAUGGCAGGUCAUGUGCCUGAUACAUCGGAGGUGGUGUUUGACAUGGAUGAAGAAGGGAAAGCAGACAUGUUGCGCUAUCACAGUGAAAGGCUGGCAAUUGCUUUUGGGUUCAUAAGUACAAAGCCAGAAGCCACCAUCAGGAUAGUCAAGAACCUUAGAGUUUGUGGCAAUUGCCACUCUGCUACUAAGCUAAUAUCUAAGAUUUUCAAUAGGGAGAUCAUUGCUAGAGACCGGAACCGCUUUCACCACUUCAAGGAUGGAUCGUGUUCAUGCAAUGAUUAUUGGUGAUUGAAUUCAUGUUUGUGAACUGGAAUAUGUACAUUCUGUGAUCCGGGUACUGAUGCGUGGAGCCUGCUGGUAGUUUAGCAUAUGUUUUAUUUGCUAUGCUUGAUCACUCAGCCUACUUCUGGGUAAGAAACAAAGAAAAAGUGUUUCUUCCGGAGGCAAAUAAAACUGAAGGUAAAGAUGCAGAAGGAAGCAUUCUUCGAGAGAAGCUGUCGAGACGGUUUCACGGAGCUCUUUUGUGUUUGACGGCGUAUAGGCCUGCUUGAUGUGAUAACUUCCCAAAGUUAAUCAGCCUAGAUCUUUUCUUCUUCUAACCAAGUUCAAUUAUUUCACAGCGGAAAAAUCAAGAUUGCUGAUGUAAAAGAAGACUAUCUAGAUUGGUAACUCUCGGAGAAGGAUACAUCGGUCGCAGACAGCUAGAGUUUUAUAGCGAUUAACACGUCUAGAAAGGCUAUCACUGCCUAAUAUCCAAUUGAAACUAUCAUGAGAGCAGGCAGAAGCCAACGACUAGCUAGGUCAGCAGUUCGGAACCUCACUCUGCGAUUUGCUCCAGAUCAUGUGUCAAGGAAAUUGAAAAGGGGUUCAAUAGCCAUUUUUUAUUGAGGAACCAAGGAGUAUGUUACGAAAAAAACGUAAUUGAAAAGAGAAGAUGGGAAAAAAUGGAGAAAAGGAAGAUAAAAGUAUUGAAUAGAUAUUGAUGACACAUUUGUGCUAGUGAAUGACUGUAGCUGUAGGAAUGUAAGGAUGGGUUAGAUUCUCGCUCAAAUGUGGAAGAUAUUUAACCAAAAAGCCAACUUUCAGCUUCCAGAGCGCCCAUAAGUCAAGCCAAGCAACGUCUAAGAAGGGAACAGAACAAUCGUACUCUAUAGAUUUUACAAAGACAAACAGAGUCGUAUAUGAAUGGCUUCUAGCUUCUUCUUGUCUCUAAUUCGAUUGAGCUUAAUCUUUAAUUGGCUGAACAGUU